AAAACGUUAAACGUCUGCAGCGGAAUUUCAAUUUCAAAAUUUAAAUAACGCCGUUUUGUCGACGUGAAUGUGUUUCAAUCAAUAACACUUUUAAUUUAAUUGCUAUUACGUUUGUUGUGAUAGUAUUUCUAUUUUUUUUGGGUUUGGUUUGUUUGAUUUUUUUUUUUUGGAAUUUACCGCCAAAAUGCAACGAGUGCAACUGAGCAGCGUCCUGUUCCUGGCAAUAGUUGCCUGUGGACACGCCCUUGCGGUGGGCUCACCCGAGUGUCCGGAGAAAUACGGAGAACAGGCGUAUGCGCAUACGGAGAAUUGUGAUCAGUUCUUCCUCUGCACCAACGGCACUUUGACCCUGGAGACCUGUGAGAACGGCCUGCUCUUCGAUGGCAAGGGAGCGGUACACAAUCACUGCAACUACAAUUGGGCUGUGGACUGCAAGGGCCGUCAGUGGGAUCCCACGCCCAUUUCGACGCCUGGCUGCGAGUAUCAGUUUGGUUUAUACGCCGUAUCUAAGGAUUGCUCCACCACGUACAUCAAGUGUGCCCACGGGGAACCCCACGAACAGGAUUGUGAUGCUGGAUUGGCUUACGAUGAGCGCAUUCACGGCUGCAAUUGGCCCGAUCAACUCUUGGAUCACUGCAAUCCCGAGGCUGUUGUGGGCUUCAAGUGUCCAACGAAAGUGGAUCCCAAUUCGGUUGCCGCUCGCUUCUGGCCCUUCCCCCGCUUCCCCGUCGCCGGCGACUGUCAUCGUCUGAUCACCUGCGUCGAGGGUUAUCCCCGUCUCAUCAGCUGUGGCGAGGACAAAGUCUUCGAUGAGCACUCGCUGACCUGUGAGGAACCUGAGUACGCCAGCGGCGGUUGCGCCAACUAUGGCAAAUAGAAUCCACACACCAAUACACACACACACACACAAUUGUACAUAUGUAUGUAAAGCUGCUUGAGUCUUGCUCAAAACUCACUUCAGCUCUCUUUCUCCCUUUUACUCUCACUCUCACGUUCUCUCUCCCGCUCGCAUUUGUGACCGUUACUAAUUCUUAGAGUUGUGUCGUUUAGUUCCGAACAAAUAAACGCAUCAUUCAAUUGAACAAGGGAACUUGUUCAGCCAAUCGCCAACUCUAUUCUAAUUCUCUCUACUCUUUGUUUUUAACACUGUUUAACAUAACUUGUAUAUGAACUAUAUAUAUUUUUUUUUUUUUAUCAAUUUUGUUAAUUUCACAAACUGAGCACUAAAUGCAAUAAACGGAAAAUUUAUUUAUUGUAAUAAUAUUUUGAGUGAACA